AUAUUACAGAAAGUCGUCUUUUUUUUUUGUUGUUGUUUAUGUUUGGAAAUGGGUCGAUCCUCUAAAACUUGUAGAUCUAAAUUAUAUUCAGAUCAACAUAUGCUCAAGAUGAAAGAUGUCUUAAGGACAAUUUACUUUUCAAACCUGAAACCUAAAAACCAAAAUAUAAAUACUCGGAAUCAGGUAUUUACUAUCCACCUCUUGUGAAAACAUUGGCUACUGUCAAAGCUUACAUUGAAUCUCUACCACUUUUAGAUGAGCCAGAAAUGUUUGGGCUCCAUGAGAAUGCAAACAUAGCCUUUAAGUUGAAUGAAACCAAUGCUUUACGUGGUCUUAUGGUGUUGUCUUAUGGGAACUGUUGACAGCAGAAGUACCCUACAAAGAUGUGGAUUCUUCUGCUAUCAUCUGGGGAGUGGGAAGCAAUAUCCCUCACCUUCCUGUUCCAGGGACUUGCCCAGAGGGCUUUAAAUUGCUGAUGAGGCAGUGCUGGUAUUUUAUGCCUCAUUGUAUUACAGCGGACCAUCAAGGAAAUAUUUGGUUAACAGAUGUAGCAAUGCAUCAGGUCAGACUGUACCAAAAAUGACACUAGGACAGAAGUUCCAACAUGGUGAAGAUACAAAUCUUUUUUGUAACCCUACUGAUGUAGCUGUUCUUAUGUCUGGAGAGUUUUUUGUAUCUGAUGGGUACUGUAAUAGCAGAGUUCUGAAAUUUUCCAAAGAUGGAACUUUUUUGAUGUCCUUUGGGAAAAGGAACGUUCAGUUUGGUGCAGGAGGUUUACUGUAUGCUGUGAAUGGUCCUGCUUUUGAUGGCCCCAUUGAUACAACUGUCCAGGGUUUCACAUCAGACAUAAAUACUGGAGAUUUGUUGGAAAUGUGGAAUGUACCAGAUAACAUGCAAAACCCACAUUAUGUAGCAGCAGAUCCAGUAACACAUAGCAUCUAUGUAGGGGAAUUGGACCCUGAAAGUGUUUGGAAGUUUAGCAGACCUGUUACAGUACAGUCAAGUUCACAGCAUAACAAAGUUGAGGAAAGUACUCAGAGCCAGUUACUGUCAGCAAUCCAUUGGACCAGAGUGAAACCAAUACCACAGAGUUGUCUGAGGCUAUCAAAGAUAGCAGUGAUGUCUCUCCCUCUGUCAUCAAUUGGCAUCUUACUUGUGGAAAAUUUAAAUGUUAUGGACAUGGAAAGAAGGGAAAGGUUUUUAACCUUAAAGGCUUUACUUGGAAUUCUCAUAAAGGCUUUGAUAGACUUAGUACUGAGGAAAGUGAUCAUGAGGUUGACCCAGAUGAUUUAGAUGAUAAAGACUAUUUGACACCUCCCAAGACGAAUAAAGUUCAAGGCUGACUAAAUUGUGUAAAUUAAUAUUUUUUUUUCUUUGUUAUUAGUUGGUCAUAUCAUAAUAUUCUGCCAUUACAGUCAGGGUUUAAACUUGUUUACAUGUUGAAUCUGAUACCAACUAAAUCUCAUAAACACAUAAUUAACCAUAGACCCACCUCAUGUAAAAAAAAAUGUUUUGUAAAAUGUUUUACAUAUUUCGGAUGUUCCUUCAGAGUUGAAGAUAGUUUACUUCCUAGUCCAAAUCUCCCGCAGGACGACGGGGGAUGGGAGCGGGCAGGGUUUGAACCCGGGACCAUCGAUAAAUCCAAAUGACAGUCCAGCGUGCAAACCGCACAACCAGGCAGCCAUAUUACAUGUUAUUAGUUGUAAGUUGUAUUACAAUAACUAAGUGAUUUUGAGCUCAUAAACUUUCAAAAUAAAAUUAUAAAAUGCUUUUGUCAUUCUAAAAAAGAAAAAAAGAUUACUAUGUUGGAUUUUUUUUGGAUAGCAAAGGCUAUUUGACCUUUUUAUUUCAAUAUGUGAUAUCAAAAUUUUUAAUUCAUUAAUUUGUUUAAUAUUUGUUGAAAGUUUGCUUUUGAAUAAAAUAUUUAUCAGCAUUAUUAUCAUUUAAUAAGUAUAUUUUGUUUUUUAAUUUUAUGAAUGAUUUGAUGUUAUAAUGCCAGGUCAUUUACAAAGCACACGCCUGCCAACUUUCUUUUUGUAAUGAUUCUCAAAACUUAAUUAGCUACCAAAUGAUUGUUUGCUCACUUGGUUGUGAUGAUUCAACAUUCCUGUUAUGUUCCACCAUUUCCUUCUUCAAUUCUAAAGCUGGCUUUAUUUCAUCUAGUGAACGUACCAUUAGUGUUAGUGACCCUGGCAAACUAGCCAUUUUAUGCACAAUUUUAAAAUGUUCAUAUGGAUAAUAUGGUUAGUUUUUUUAUAGCAUUUUUGACUACAUGGAGUUCCAGACAACUUUCCAUGUUGCUGGUCCCUUUCUCAUGUCAUUAUUAAAUCUUAUUUAAAAAACAAAAAAAACUUGUUAGAUGGUAACAUUGUCCAAAUUGUUACUAGUUUUAUGUAAUGUGUUUGAAAACUAUGACUUCCUUAGAUUGACUACUAGACUCUCAUUCAUGUAUUGCAUUUCUUUAUUUUAAAAUCUUGUUAAGGCUUGUUUAAAAUCUUUCGACAUUCAACUUUUUAUGCCAUAUUACAAUGUUUAUUUGUUAAUUCAAUUGUUUAGUCAAAUGUUUGUUUUCCAAAGUGUUACUAUUUGGUGCAAUCAAAAUAUUUAGUGGCAUUUUACAUACAAACACUGGUAGUUGAAAUGAGCACAUUUUAGCUAAUUUCUGAUGAAUCAAAAUAAAAAUGUCAUGAUAUAAAAAUAAUUUUAAAUUUAAAAACCUAAAUGAAAAAAAUUGUAUUUUUUGUAAAUAUAGUUACAGUUAUAUUGAAUAGAAUUAUUUAUGUUAGCAACUUUUGAAUGCAUCACAUAAUUUUAAUUUGACACAGAAACUGAAAAUCAUUUCAAUUAAAGAUUGUUGACUGUUGUUUCACCUCAGAUGAAUUGAUUACAUUUUAAGAGGUUAUCAGAUAUUUAUAUUUAUGACAUACAAUC